ACGUUUAGUGUUUUUUUUUUAUUUAUUGAAUGUUAUUUUUUAUGAAUAAUAUUAUGUUUAAAAUGUGUGAACAUUAAAUAGACUAGUUAUCUACUUUUUAUUUUUACUUGGUGCAAGAUGUUAAAGUAAAAUUCCAUUUAAUUCCACAAGAACAGAAAACGCCAAGAUGGGAUCCUUUGUGAACAGAAACUUGAUAACUUUAAAAUGCGUGCUCUUUUGCUUCUUAGCAGGCAUAGGAUGUAUCUACCCUUUCCUCCCCCUACACAUGCUAUCUGUAGGCCUGGACCGAGGGGAAGCGCGCCUCAUAUCUGCAGUCACGCCAUGCAUCGCGUUAUUGGGGCCAGCUCUCUUGGGUCCACUUAUUGAUAAAUUGUCAGUCGGUCGAGGUUCUACAGGAGGUGGGACUGGUCCCAGCGGCUCCGGAAAGCUUUUGAGGAUUGUUACUGCCCUGUGCCUUAUUCUUAGUGCCUUGUUCUAUACAUUGUUACUCACUGUACCCUACACGGAAAGACAUGAAGCUAGAAGACCACGCGUUUUAUUCAUGUGCGACGCUGAUGGUGGUAAAGUGAUGCAAGAAGUUUGUACCGAGGGCAUGAGAUGUAAUAGAUGGGACGGAGAAAAGUCAGGAGUGCUAGCGGUCGGUGCGUGUGAAUACGGGUGCGCAGACGAAAAUAUGACUUGGGUUAUGCAACCCUUUAAGACGAUUCCAACGACCACCACACUUAGGCCACUUUAUAACAGCGUUUUUAAUGCAACGACAACCACAAACGGUUCAUUAUCGGAGGACCCAGAAGAUGAAACCGAUUUCGAAAUCAACCCACCACAUUUGUGUUACAAUGGACAAUGUCUCGUUUAUAUGCAACAUGCGAAGAGAAUGCGAGUUCCUCUUUCCCUUUUAGCUCCAGAAUUGCCUGAUGAUAACUCGACAGAUGAAAGCAAUUGGUGUACUUAUAAAACAAGUGGUCCAUCAAAAUGUAUCGUGCCACCCGAAAAAAUUGAAGAAAUAAAUCGAGAUGGCGGUGAAUGUACGCCAGCAGUGCGUUGCGAAGUGUUGGAUCCGUAUGAUGAGCCCGACGGUGUCCUCGCGGACGCGGAGUGCAGGCUCGUGAUUGGUGACCCCGCGUAUACGUUCUGGAGCUAUUUUGUUAUACGACUGUUCGCAGACAUAUGGCCAACCGCGGCUCUAGCUCUACUAAGCGCUGCGUGUGUAAUAGCCACCCGAGAGACAUCAUUAGGCCGCGGUGACGUAGGGCGGCAAUUAGCAUUCGGAACACUUGGCCUGGCGAUAUUCCCGCCCUUAGCUGGUCUAGCUGCGGAUAAUAUGCCUGAAACACCGUUUCUAGUGCCGUUCUUGUUGCACGCCAUGUUUAUGUUGAUUGGCGCUCUUAUACUGAUUGUUGACAGUCACAUGCCGCUAUCAACGCCGGAAUGGUGGUGGCACACGUCCACGGGCGUGCUGACGAUGCCGAUGAGCGCGGUGCGGCGGUACGGCGCCGAGACCGCCGCGGUGUUCGCCGUCGUGGCGCUGCUGGGCACGCUGUGGAGCGGCAUCGACGCUUACUUGCCGUGGACAAUGGUGAAAAUGAACAGCACGAGCCUGUUAGCAGGUUUGACGUUAACAGCGGGUGCUCUGCCGGCUGUACCGGCUCUGUGCUGGGCGGAGGCGCUUGUUGACUAUAUCGGACACUCCAAUGUGUUUAUUGCUGCAUUUACUUUCUAUUGUUUGAGAUACACGGCCCUGGCGUCCAGUACGGACUACAAUGUGAUAGUAAUCAGCGAGCUAUUCGAAGUGUUUACCCUAAGCUUGGUAUGGGUUACUGCGGUGUUGUACUUCCGACACCUCGUGCCGAGGAAAUACACGACAACCGGUCAAGCGCUGCCUGUCAUUGCACACUUCUGUUUAGGUCGAUGCAUUGGAGCGAUAAUAAGCGGCAUGGUAUCCCUGGAGCAGAGCGUAGACUCUAGCCGGGACGUGUACCGCGCGCUCGGCGUGCUGGCUCUACUGGCCGCUGUGGUGUACCUCGCGCUCUACCACUUGCUGCUCGCACCGCGUUGUGCCGCGCCCGCUGCUCCACCGCCCACGCACCUGCUGCAAGGGUUGAACUCGAAUGGUGCUUCGAACGGCACGUACUCUCCCAUGAGGGUCUACCAUGAAGAGCGAUCACGGAAAGGUCACUUUCGCUAUUAAGUCAUUUACAUAAUAACAUUUUUAAUUUAAUUGGAUCUAUGUUUUAUAAGUACACUGUUGUGAUAUUACAACUAUUUCCUUGCAUUUCUGAUACGAUCAGUUUGACUUGCUAACUUUAUUUUUUAUGCAUUUGUCUUUUUUAUUUUAAUAAAUUAUAUGAUCGAAA